UUUUGCGCAUGUGCAGUUGAUCGCGCAGGGCAUGUAAAUAAUGGAGCCAGAGCUGCCAUUGACUGGAAGCGGGAAGUUGAGUUUUUAUCGUACUACUUGUUUACUGGAAAUUUAAUAACAUUUCUAUCAGCAAAAUUGGCAAAACAAUACCCGGUCAUGCCAUGUUUGAUGAUGCAUAUCCAACACAGUGGCGCAAAUCCAUGACGUAACACCCACUGUCCCGAUUCUGCAAAUUUCACACGUUUGUAAUCUGCGCUCUCGAACACUUACGUGCACUUAAAUUACGUGUAGACUUCAAUGAGGACGGUAGAGUGUUGCGUGGUGCUGGAAUUGGGUUAACCUGGUGGCAUUCGAAGCAUGGCGGCACCCGACUGCAUUUUACACCGAACUCUGGCGCGGUCGAGAACCGCUAAAAAUCAGCGCUCUCAAGUGGUCUGUAGGGAGACACUCUACCUGUUGGACGUGUUGCGCUACACCAGAGACGAGGGUUCUUCCGUCUACUUCCCACACACCAUCUUCUCUGGUGAGUACGCCGCCUUCUUCUGUGCACUCUUGUUGACCUCCGACCUCAAAAUGUUUCCUUGUCCAGGCGACAACCUUUACGACGUUACGCUGAGUGAUGGCGACUGCCGCCUGCGCGUCACUCUGGAUCCCAGACUCAACGGGCUGGUGGAGAAGAACGUGUUGCGGCAGGGGACUGCCGUGCGUAACGCCACCCUCGCCCCUGCCAUGACGGGCUUGGCAGAUCGCACAGAGGAUGAAAGCUUCAUCAUGGUCAGUGUGGAGGUGAGCUCGUUUGAGAGUAUCGAGGACUCGCACCAGGACUCCUUGCCCUGGAGUGGCUCGUCCGACGUGUCAGGUCCUCUGCUGGCCAAUCGGAAGGUCUUUCUGCCGCUGUGGAACAACGUGGACUUCUACGGGGACGCCUGGAAGAAGACGGCGCCUCCUCUGGAGGAGGAGGUGACGGCUCUCCGUCCCACCGUGACUGUCCAAGACCUCAGCCGGGGAUUCUUGGCCCGCGAAGUUUGGGCCCUUAGAACCAUCCGCCGCCGGCUGAUUGUGCGCAUCGCGGCCAAGUCACACCUGACGUAUUACGGGAGAGCAGACAGUAACUGCGCAUGCCCCUAUCAGGCGCUGUUGGAGGCUCACGACUCGUCAGGAAGCGUGUCACUAGUGUUGUGGAACAGCAUGUGUGUCAACUGGUACCGCGUGCUCAAGCCCGGCCACGUCAUCAGCCUGAGCCACUUCCGGAUCAAGGAGCGGUACCAGUCAGAAGGGGAAAACAUCGAGAUCAGCGUGAACAGCCGGAAUCCCGCCUCUCGCGUGGCUCUGCUCCCGGAGGCGUCCGUGGCGCCCGACUGCAUGCCGCCGCCGGCGCCCCCCUACAACUUUUGCGACAGUGAGGAACUUGCGUCUUGCUCUCACGGCGCCCUCUGCGAUGUCAUCGGCUUGCUGACUUUCAUGGGGCGCGCUGAGCGGAUGAAAAAGGGGUCAGAGUUGAUGGAGUAUCGCUGGCUGCGGUUGCAGGAUGGGCGGAGCUCUCGGCCAAUCUGGAUCCAGCUUUUCUCCACCUCUCAGCCGCAGGUGCACCGCGGGCUCCACCCAUUGUUGGUGUUGAUGUGUUCUCGUCUGAAGGCGGUCCAGACGGCAGACGGACUCUUGUACCUGACGAACACGGCGUACACGCAACUGCACCGCUCAGGCAACAGCCAGCUGCCGGCGAUCCAGCGGUUCUUUGACUGGUUCCGGGAGCAGGACGAGAGACGCCUGUUGCGCUCGGCUCUGAUUGGUGGAUUCUUCGCGUACCCGCCCCCUCCCGUCUCCUUGGAAGCGUACAUGAGACACAGGCAAGCCCGGUUUCCUCCAGGGGACGGAGCUUCUGAGAGAGAUCAAGAAACUUUGUUACAGGGAGCGACGCACCUUUUGUAUUCAGGCCACCGUUACCAUGGUUACAUAUUGUCGCAGAGGAGAGGAGGAGCGUUGCAUCUUUUGGCGAGAUGCGUCUUCGUCUCUGUCCUCCACCUCACCCACCUCGCCGGCGUCGUUGUCCAGGCUUUUGCUAUCGUCGGCUCUCAGUCCGUCGACGCCCCGCCGGCUGCCAUCGCCCACCGGUGUCAGGUAACAGCAUUUCCUGCCUGGGCUUUCUCGAUUAAAACCACCACUUUCGUGUUUGUGCGCAGCAGGCCAUGCAAGAGGAAGCUGCUGCUGCACUCGGACACGCCGCAAAAGGGACGUCCCCGUGCGACCGUCCAACCCGACGCCGACAACAAGACAGCCAUUCUUUUCGAGGCUUCCAUGGAGUUCCUCCAAGACGCGGAUGACGACGGCGAAGACGAAGCGGAGGAGGACGAGGACAGUUUGUCGUACGCCACCUGCCCCUCGCCGCCGGAUUUCCCUCAUGUCGCCGUGGAGACGCUAGCCAUGCGCUACGACCCCGCCCAUGAGAAAAAACAGGCGGUUGCCGUGGCGAUGGGAGGGUCCCUGACCUGUGCUGCCCUCUUUGCCAGCGAGGACUACUACACGCUCAGGCUUAAAGCUUUGUCGGAUGGCGUGUGCAUCGGCACCAUCUUCCUCCCUCAGGCGUCCUCUUCCUCCCUUUCGCCACCGUCCCACUCCCACAGCAACACCUGGGCCUCCAUCUUGUCCCACGGAGCCUUUUCGUGCCACGCGCCCCCACCUUCGCCAGGGGACCUCAUCGCCACGGCAACACUGCUUGCUAAUCAAAGGCUGUUGUGCCUGCUGGAUGUGUGUAAUCUGGGCGGAGACCUAGACGAGGUGGUCAUCAGCCGGGCCUUCCCGAUGACCUGAGGACACCCAUGUUUAUUUUUUGAAAUGUCGGUUUAAU